AUGAAACUGUCCUCUUCGUCGAAUGCUCUUAAACGGAGAGCUGGAGGGCUGGUGGCUGUGGUGUACGUGUCCGAGGGCAAAGACGCCGAUGCCGUUAACGUCCUGCAGACCGUCGCUGAGAAGGCCUGCCAACAGCACGGCACCCGUGUUUUGAACGUGUUCAGAGACGACGAGUACAACCGCACAGGCUUUACAUUGGGUGUCGGCGUGGCUAGCGUCGCGGGUCACGCUACCCCGUCUGUCGAACCGCUGAAGCAAAGCGCGCUGGCGCUGACCGAGCAGGCGCUGAAAACCAUAGAUCUUAGGAACCACUCCGCGACUCACCCGAGGUGCGGAGCGGUCGAUCACAUCAGCUGUCACGCUGUAGGCGAUGCGCCCGACGACUUGGCAGCGCAGCUCGCCAAAUGUCUCGGCGAGGGAAUUGGCGAUCGUCUGAAGGUUCCGGUACUUCUUUACGGUCUCGCCAGUUCCACGGGGACUCAGCUCGCCGACCUUCGGCGCAAGUACGGAUACUUCAGGCGCACUUCUCAAGAUGUGGGCUGGUCAGGAGCUCACCGCGUAGGAGAUGGACAAGUCGAGGCGGAUUAUGGGCCUUCGACAAUACCCCCUGAAUCGGGAAUACUCAUGCUCGGCGCCACGCGUUGGGUGUGCAACUACAACGUGCCGAUUGUGCUGGGGAAGUGCGGGGUCGACGCAGACGCUGCAGAUGCCCUGGCAGUUGCGCGGCGGCUGGCCAGGCAAUUGAGCGAGCGAGGAGGCGGGCUCCCGGGCGUACAAGCGAUGGCACUGACCCACAUGAUCGAUGCUAUGGGCUCUACUAUCGAGGUUGCGUGCAAUCUGUUGGACCCUUCGACGUGCGGCCCAGACGCGGUGCAGGCAGAGGUCGAGCGACUGUUCGGUGAGGAAGGUGAGUUCGGGUGGACCGUCAAGCGCGGAUAUGUCACGAAUUUGACCCCGGAGGACAUGUUACAGCAACUAGUACCGUUACGUUAA